AGAAAAUGAAAUUCGGGCUAAAAUCCGGCGAAAAAACGAAAAAAAGAUCCACGUUAUUGCUUGACCGACCUCCUUCCACCGAUCAACGACUCUUUCGACCUUCCGCCAGUAAUUUUCGUAUCCAAGGCUGUACAGAUCACGUCGUUGUUUGAGAUUUUAGUGUAUUUAUACAGUUUAAGCUGCCAGAUUUUGGUUUUCUUGCUGAGCUUAUAUAUAUACACGUGUAAACACACACAACAGACUUACUUUAUUGCUCCGGACUUAGAGCCGCUAGAGUACUGCAUUCAGAGCACAUUUAUUAGGACAUUGAGUUGGGUUUCAUGCAUUGUUGUUGAAGAGCAGUGCCAUGCACAGCUGUGUUCACUGGGUGGGUUACACAAAGAGUGUCAGAAAAUUGAUGCAAUGUCAGCAUCUAGUAAAUUUGAUCUAUCUUCCAGUAGUCCAGAUAGGCCACUGUAUGCCUCUGGGCAGCGUGGAUCCUAUGCACCUGCUUCACUGGAUAGGUCGGGUAGCUUCCGUGAGAACAUGGAGAAUCCAAUCUUAUCUUCUCUUCCAAACAUGACGAGAAGUACUUCAACAGUAACACGUACAGAUGCCGUUAACUUUUUCCAGUGCUUACGUUUUGAUCCAAAAGCUAUGGUUACUGACCACAAACUUAAUCGGAAUAUUGAUUUCAAGCGGCUCACCAGUUUAGCUUUAGGUGUGCCAGUGGAGGAUUCUCCAUUGGUGUCUUCUAAAGGCAAACUGUUUCCUUCUCCCUCUGCGGAGGAGUCCAGACGGCUGAAGGCUGGUCUUCGUGAAAGCUGCACUAAAGCUAGGGAACGUGUGAAGAUAUUCACCGAAUCUUUAUCUGUGCUCAACAAAUGCUUUCCAAGCAUCCCAUCAAGGAAGAGAUCUCGGUCUGAUUCCCUAGCAAAUGACCGACACGUUACAUUAUUCCCAAGUGAUCGGUCAGUUUCAGGGACAAGCAUUGGUAAAAUGGGAACGCAGAGUCAUUGUACUGCCAGUAGUUAUGAGUUGGAGCAACAAAAGUCUGAAGAAAGAGUUAAAACUGCUGUUCCAAGCAAACGCACUCGAACUUCUAUGGCGGAUGUUAGGCCUGAUGUAAGGGCAAACACUCCCACAAGGUCGGCUGGGAACAUGGAUAGAGAUAGGGAGAUACUGAGGCUUCCAAAUGGUAGCACAAUUCAGGGAGAAGAUCGUACGUCAUCCAUUGCUGUAGAGGGUUGGGAGAAGUCGAGGAUGAAAAAGAAGCGUUCUGGAAUAAAACCAGAUGCUACUGGCUCCAUAAUCACAAAACCUAUUGAUGGCCACAGGGAACCGAAGCAAGGAGUGCAGCCGCGGCUUCCUAGUGAUAGCCGAUCAAGAUUUACUGAUACCCAUGGCUUCAGACAUGGGCUUGCUCCUGGUGCUGUCGGAAAAGCUGAUGGUGCAACACAGCAUGUUACCUUAGGUGUACGUUCUUCCCUGUCUAAGAUUGACCAAGAUAACCAUCUUCAUCUCCUAGAUAGGAGAGAUCGUCCUCUUGGCUCAGAGAAAGAAAGGGUGAAUCUCAAAGCAGUCAGCAAUACAAUGAAAGCAGCUGCUCGUGAAGAAUUCACAUCCCCUAGCCCUGCAUCGAGCACGAAAUUGAAUCCUGCUACUAGGGCUCCACGAUCAGGUUCAGGCGUUGCACCGAAGUUGUCUCCUCCAGUUCACCGCGCAGCUGCUGCAAAUGAUUGGGAAAUCUCUCAAUGUACAAACAAACUUCCAUCUGCUGUUGGGGCAGGUAAUCGCAAGCGCAACCCUUCUACAAGGUCCUCAUCACCACCUGUUGCUCAAUGGGCCAGCCAAAGGCCCCAGAAGAUAUCUCGACCCGCAAGAAGGAACAAUUUUCCCAUUGUUCCGAAUAAUGACGAAAUAUCUACCCUGGAUACCACAAGCGAUGUUCUACGUAAUGAGAGACGUUUGUCUAGCUCUUCCCCUCAACAAAAGUUAAAAAGUGAUGUCUUCUCUCCAGCUGUAUCUGAAACUGAGGAAUUAGGAGCUGCUGAAGUCAAGUCUAAAGACAAGAGCAAGAGGUCUGACGAAGUGGAUGAAAAAUCUGGGAAUGUGCAAAAGAUGUCAACACUGCUCCUACCGCCAAGGAAAAAUAAGGUGGUUAGUGGACAAGACUUUGGAGAUGGUAUUCGCAGACAAGGGCGGAGUGGCAGGGGGUUUACCUCCACUAGGUCCCUAAUGCCAUUGAUGGCUGAAAAGCUUGGCAAUGUUGGGACUGCAAAACAACUUAGAACCUCUAGACAUGCUCUGGAUAAGCCAGAAAGCAAAGGAGGCAGACCACCUACAAGAAAGCUCUCUGAUCGUAAGGCUUAUAAACGACAGAAGCAUGCAACGAUGGAUGCUGCAGCGGAUUUUCUAGUUGGUUCAGAUGAUGGCCAUGAAGAGCUACUGGCUGCUGCAAGUGCUGUUACUAACACUGCUCAAGCCCUUUCGAGCUCAUUCUGGAAGCAGAUGGAGCCAAUUUUUCGUUUUAUAUCUGAAAUGGACACAGCCUUUCUGAGGCAACAGAUAAAUCAUGAGACUAAUCUGGCAGCAGCAGCCUCUGUGACUUUUGCUACUGAUGCUUCCAGUUUAAGUAGUGGUUUUGGGUUGAAUGAAGUCCGGGGACAGACAAAUGAAACACAGAGUUCCGAUCUUACCUCAGAACAUGUAGUCUCUGGAAAAAGUAAACCCAAGGGUAUUUCCUUGUACCAGAGGCUGUUGGCUGCUAUAGUACCUGAAGAGCUUUAUUGCAAUGGAAAGGAAGACCUUAACUCCAAUGUUUAUCGAUCUGGAUUUGAAAUUGAGAUGGAUUCAGAAUCUCAUACUUCCUGUGGGCAGAUGUUAUAUAGCAGUGAAACAUCCCGAUACUGGGCUUCUAAUGGAUACAGCAUAAAUGCCAAUGGGUGUUCCGUUGAUAAUUUGGACUACAUUAAGGCCGAUAAUGUUACAUCCGCGUUCGAAAGGGGGAAUUUUUCAAGCUAUGAUCAGUCACAAAAUGGUCUACUUUCAGAACAAGUAACAAUGCCUGGCUUUGUUUGUUCCGAGUAUCAGUAUAAUGAGAUGUCCAUUGAUGAGCGGCUUCUCAUGGAGAUUCGCUGUAUCGGAAUAUAUCCGGACCUGGAGUCUGAUUUUGCUGAGACUGGAAAUGAAGAGAUCAGUGCAGAAAUUAGUAAAUUACAUGAGAAACACCAUGAAAUGGUUUCUAAGAAGAAGAGGAUGCUUGGGAAACUGCUGAAUUCAGCUACACAGAUGAGAGAGUUACAGGAGAAGGAGUUUGAACAGCGUGCUCUUGAUGAACUGGUUGCAAUGGCAUACGAAAAAUAUAUGAGUUGUUGGGGCCCAAAUGCUCAUGGGAUGAAGAGUGCUAGCGGGAAAAUGGCCAAGCAAGCUGCCUUAGCUUUUGUCAAGCGAACUUUGGAUCGAUGCCAAGAAUUUGAGCAGACAAGAAAGAGCUGCUUCAGUGAGCCUUUGUAUAAUGAUUUGUUUCUUUCUGGGAUAUCCCGCCUUAGUGAUGGACAAACAGAUUCGAACACUGAUGGCGAAGCUGGAAAAUCUUAUAUCAGCACAUCUGGCUGUUCAGGAGAAGCUAGAGUUUCAGCUUUGGGCACACAGCAGAGCCCAUCGCUAAACCAGGAUAUAUCUUUUGAAGCCAAUUUACCUUCUGAAGCCAGUAGGGUCAAGCGGAGGGAGUUGGAAGAUGUUCUUGGUACUACCAUUGGUGCUUCUUCAGGCAUAGGUGGUUCACUUUUAAGCAGUGCAAAAGGGAAGAGAAGUGAGAGAGACCGAGAAGGAAAAGGAAAUGGCCGAGAGGCAUUAUCCCGCAAUGGAACAACCAAAAUUGGUCGACCUGCCUCUUCCAAUGUUAAAGGAGAAAGAAAGCCUAAGACAAAACCUAAGCAGAAAACUACUCAGUUAUCCACCUCUGUCAAUGGCCUUUUUGGCAAGAUAUCGGAGCAACCUAAAUUGCUAGGAUCUUCAAUAGCAAGGUCAAGUGGUAUAAGUGCCACUGGAAAUGAUAAGACUGGCUGUAACUUGGAUGAACUAGAGGAUCCCAUUGACUUAUCCGGCCUGCAACUCCCAGAAAUGGAUGUUUUAGGUGUCCCUGACGAUCUUGGUGGUCAGGGACAGGACAUAGGCUCAUGGUUGAACAUCGAUGAUGAUGGAUUACAAGAUGAUGACUUCAUGGGCCUUGAGAUUCCCAUGGAUGAUCUGUCAGACUUGAAUAUGAUGGUUUGAAGCUUCUUUUGCUGUAUAUUCCUGUUCAUUACCAUUCACUGGAGAAACCUUGUUGUCCAGAUACGACCACCAGUUACAUGUGGGUUGUGUGACUGUGCAGUCCUUAAGUAGGGCUGCAUAUUCUUUGGGAUACCUGUGUACCGCUACAUUUUUGAGUGAACCCUUAGAGGAAGGAAGGGUUUUGUACCUAUAAGUUGAUGACUUUGACUGUAAAAAUCUUUUUGUACAAUGGUCAAGCCAGUACCGUAGUCAUAGUAUGUAGAAACACUGUAUUUGGUUUAGCAAUACAGGUCAGGGAACAGCGUCUUUUGUACAUAGAUUUUGAUUUUUAAAUAAGAUCACUUUUUACAAGUCA